GCCUCGCUCGCAGCAGAGCACCUUGGAACAGCUGGCGAACUGCCCCCAGGCUGAGCUGCUGGGGCGGCUGCGGCACCUAAAGGUGCAGAGCUGGGAGCGGUGCGUUGCUGCCUCAUGGCAGCCCGUGCUGACUCGCUGCGAUGGGAUCCUGGCAGCCUUUGCGGACCCACAGCGAGAGGCGCCCAAUGCGCCGGAUGAGGAGCUGGUCUGCGAGGUGCUUCGCGUACUACACGAUGUAGUUUUCCUCCACCAGGACUUGAAAGGUCCUGUCGAGAGAUUACGAGACCUUUUGCAGUGUUCCGAGCUGAAGGUGCUCCUUGGAGCGCUGAGAUGCUUGGCUGCCUGCCCACCGGGCGUGCUGGAAGGCGGCAGCUUUCGAGAUGCCUGCUGUCGAGAUUAUGUAGUCGAGGACUUCCGCUUCGAGAUCCCUGACAUGGCCGCGGAUCCUUCCGAGCCUUCAGUGCUGAGGGCGCCGAGUCAGGCCGCCGCGGAGCCCGAAGCCAUCGAGGCUCUGCGCGUGCAGCUGGAGGCGUCUUGCCCGCCGGCCGCGCGCGCGGCUUUGGCCUUGCAGCUGCGUCUCUGGUGCCGAGCCAGAUCCUUGGAGGGCAGACGAGAGGUGGUGGCGAUAUCGCUCCUGGCGAUAUGCAAUGCGGUAAAGCACAUCCGCCCCUUUGUUCUGCAGCAAUACCUACAAAAGAGGCCUGGUCUGUUGUCAGAGCUUUGUGAACUGCUGCAAAGUCUUCAAGCAGUUGGGCCUGACGCAGGUGUGGCUGCGCUCAGGGCGACGGGCGCCUUCUUGGACUCCCGCUUUGGCAGUCGGUCUGAAGCAUCGCAACUGUCCCAAAUGCUGGGGCUGUCAUUGCCACAUGGCAUACUGGCAUGUGCUCUGAGAGGACUUCUCGCGCAUCAACCAAAAGCCGAUGAGCUUGAGGAUCACAACAAGCUGCUGCUGGCGGCGUUGGAUCUGUUUCAGAUCACGACCGUCAACAACCAUCAGACGACCGUGCAACUCGGGCAUGCAGGAAUGAUUCUGGCAAUGCUGGAGCUCCUGCAGAAGACGGAUGUGCAGUCCCUGCCUGCGGUCACUGCCCUGCUCCGGUGCCUGGAGUUGGCGGCGGAGGUGUCCGGCGCAGCGGCGCUGGUCCUGUUCCGAGACUUUGGGGGGCUGCAGGCCUUCUCCUUGCGUUUGAAGAAGGAGAUUGAAUUGCUCAUGGCCCUUGAUUUUACAGGAGAUAUUGUGGAGAUGGAGCCUCCGGGAGAUGACGCUGCGGAGCAGAGGUUCCGGACGCUGCUCCAGGAGGUCACGGCGCGGCGGCGGCACUGCCGGCAGCUGUUGAAGAACAUCCAAACAGCGCUGCAGUGCACCGAAGUGGUGCAGGCCGGGCUCGCGCAUGUCUUCCAGGGUCCUCUCACGGAGGCCUUGAAGAUUGCUGUCAAGGCCCCGCAGAAGGUUGGCCUGUCACUCUUCGGCACCGCCAUUGACAUCGUGUCCAGCAUCAUCCAAGAUGAUCCUUCGAGAGUGCCUCAGAUGACUGAAAGCCUGCUGCCAGACACCAUGGCGGCCUUGAGCAAGGCCACGCUGCGGAGCGUGGAAUGCCUGAACUACUUGCCCGGAUUGCUGGCUUCGAUCGCCCUCCACGCUGUAGGUGAAGACUUUAUCCUUGGCUUGCCCUGCAAGCCGAUUCAGCUCCUCACGGAAGUUCUGACCGAGCCGAGCUUUGCGGCGCUGCUUCACUCGCAGCCCGAGCUGGUUCAGAUCAUGGGCACCCAGGUGGAAAAGGUCCUGCGGAACAGGCCCGCGGGUCCCAACAAGCUGACAAACCACGUGGUGGACUGCAUGCUUUCCAGCAUGCAGGCCAUUUUGGAGCAGGCCAAGGAGUAUCCCGAAUGGACACCCUUAGACCUCGAGGACCACACAGAGUACUUGCCCGAUCGGCUGGCGCCGUUCUGCCGCUUCUGUUGGUCGAUUCUCUCCACCAACGAAGCAGCUCUGAAGUGCUUCUUGGAGAAGAAGGGCUUGUCGCUGGUGCGUGAGCUUCAAGAGCUGCCCUGCUUGCCCUAUCACUUGACAUCUUUGGAAGGCCAGCAGCAUCCAAUGGCUAGCCUCUUCAACUUGCAGGCCAAGGGCGCAGAUGGCAACCUGGCGGUGGCCGCAGAGCUCAAAGACAUGCUCAGCUGCCACCUGCAGAAGGUGUUGCCGGCCCUGGAAGACUUCGCAUCUGGGGACCCCAAUGCUGCCAUUGCCGCAAUGGAGACCGCCAAAGUCACAGCAUUCCUGCGGGACCUGAGUCGCGUGACCUCGGUGCUGGAAAGCCUGCUGUCCGUGUGCCGAGAAGGAAGCUCCGUGCAGAUCCUCGAGGCUGUGCGGGAGCCGCUGAAAGAUAUCGGCCCCCUGGCGGCUACGCUCUUCGUCCUCGUGGCUUGGCAGCCGCAGGAGCGGGAGCGGAUGCCGGCCACCGCAAGCUACCAUGCCACGGUGAAGGCCGUGUUUGGGCCGAGCUCCAAAGAAGGCGCCGAGCCGCAGCUCAGAGCGGCGCGGCAGUGCUUUCGGCUGUCCAGCAGGACGCUGCGGCAGCUGCUGCAGCUCUCGGCGAAGCUUCACCGCGCACGCCGGGACCGGGAGCUCCGGGAGCCCCAGAGCCCGCCGCUGGACCUGGCGCGGCAGCUGGCGCAGGUGGCCAAGACGGUGUUGGCAGCUGAGCCUCCAGCAGAUACCACCGCGGCGCUCCGGUGGAUUGGGGAGGUCUUCGAUGUCCUGCAGAAGAUGCACGAGGAGCAAAACAAGGUGGCGGUGCGGCCGCUGGCGUUAUGCGCCUUCCUGCAGGCUGGUGGCUUUGGGCUGCUUCCGAGACUCCUGCAGCUGGCAGCCAACAAUGUUGUGCCGGAAGAAAACCUGGCCAGCACUUCUUUGUCAACGGCCACGGCGUACUUCGAGAAGCUCACCUCCGGCAAGCGCUACACGCACGCCAUGCAGCUCCGGGAGGAGGAUGGCCUCCUGACGAAGGAGCAGCUGUGCAAAGCUAUCCAGGCAGAGGCCCUGCGCAGCCUCCUGCCGCUGUGGCGCCACCCCAACUUUCCUCACUUCCCGAGGGCGGCCUGUUGCUCCCUCAUGAAGGUUUGGCUGAACCUCCUGCAGGAUGAAACGCGGCCAGACAGCCCCAUACCAAAGCCAGCAGCCAGUAUUUCCUUCGCGAUGCCACAGGAGCCCAGAGCGGAUGGUCAUAUUCAAGGCACCCUGGUGGACAUGGGCUUCUCGCGAGAACAAGUGGACGCAGCCCUGCGUCACUUCGGGCCGCGAGGAUCCGAAGACAUCGGACAGCUCAUCAUGUGGAUGGUCGCCAAUCCGCUGGAAGGGGCCGGCGAGGCCCCUGGGAAUGUGCCCGAGGAGCAGGCACCGGCCGAAAAGCCGGCGGUGGCGCAAGAUGACGAUCAGACGCUUCGAGAGAGCCUGUUGGAGGACCUGCUCCCGCGCAUGUUCGCCUGCGGCUAUCAGGUCCCGAAAGCGCUGGGCACCGUGGCGGAAGUGGUGACCGCCCUGGCGGAGAUCGACACCCCGCUGUGGCGAAGUGAAGAGGACCCUGCGCCCUGCGUGGACAUGAGGGUGGAUAAGGGCGGCGGCUACUUCAAGGUUCAGGGAGGCAAGCCGGUGUCGAAGGACAUGAAGCCCAGUAAGGAGGACGAGGAGGACAAAGCCACCUUUGGAUGGAAAGGAGGGCUCAAAGAGGGAGCAAAGCCGCAGAGCGAUGACAACGCGAAGGCAAUUGUAAAGGUCUGCGUUGAAGAGCUCGGAGAUGAACCGGAGCGCCCUGAAAAGCUGAUCUGCGUGACGCAGAUCUUGGCGACUUUGAUCCACCGGCGACCUCAAACCGGCAAAACCUUGGGAGACGAGGGUGUGAAAGAUCUGAUCCUGAAGCUGCAUCGCUGGUGCGCAAAAGGCAUUGACUACUCCAAGUCUCCUUCUGACCGCGGCCACUCCUCGCUGUACGGCGCUGCGAAAGCACAGCAGCCAGUCGAGCCCUUGGCGCCGCCGGCCUGGCUGACGCCUCUGCUGCUCUGCGCCCACCAGCUCAUGAGCAAGAUCGAUCUGGUGAAGCUGCGCUGUGAGCGCGAAGCGCUGGAUCCGAACUUGUACCAGAAGUGGGUCACGUUGAUCUUCGAUAUCGUCUAUGCCUUCCCUGGCCUGGACGGAGGUCUUCUGCAGGCGUGCAUGCAGGUGCUACUGCGGCUUUGUGGCACCUCCAUUGGCGUCAAAGCCGUCACAUCUUACCAGCUCAGAAACCGGUUCGCAGGAGUGGAGGAGCUGCCAGAAACCGGGCUUCGCGCAGUGCAGCUGUUGCUCCGUGUGAGCAAGCCGGCCCACUUCACCGGGCUCUUCCAUAUGCUGGCGGAGUUUCUGGGCAUGCUGUUGGAAGAUGGGCCUACGCUGCAGUCGCACAUGGAGAACGAGAUUUUGUCGCAGUUUGGAGCACGGCGGGAGAUGCCUGCCAGGGAUCUCUGCCGCCUCUCGUACCAUCUCAUGAGCCGCAACCCCUCGGUCUUCGAAGAGGCCAUGAAGGCGGUGACGCAGAAACGCUCCCAGGACAGCUUAAUGGUGGAGCCGAUCCCGGAGGGCGAGCGCCAGCGUCCGAAGCUGCGGCUGGGCACUGCGCCGGGGCUGCUGGUGCUGCAGACUCUCGUGAACGAGCUGUGCUUUGGAGUCAGUGUCCAGUGCAGGAGCUCCUUUCAGAAGCUGCACGAAGUGGCAUCCAAAGCCUUGGAGCAGGGAGAGGAGCCGCUGCCGGAGGGUACAUUGCCUCCUCCAUAUCCACUUGCUCUCAGUCCAAUCUCAGUGCUCUGUGUGCUUGACGGCGUCUUCCAACGCACCCAGGGCCUGAGCGCUCUGUUCCUGAAGCCUCCGCUGCCGCAAGAUCUGAAGGAUGCUGACGGCCCAGUUCCCGCCCAGAAGAGCAUGUUGCUCCUCAUGAUGAGAUACCUCUUGCCACAGCUGGCCCAGCUCAGCGAGCUGUGGCCAAAGCAGCUGAGCCUGCUGCGCCCCUCCCAGCGCAGCGCUUUGUCUGGUUCCAUCAAUCCGGUGCAGAGGCUGCUUCCGCACUUGGGAGCGGUGCUGUGCUCAGCCGCCCGGCAUCCCGGGGAGCCGCGGCGGAUGCUGGUGGCCGAGGUGGUGGUGGCUUUGCGGUCGCUGGCAGAAGGUCCCCGAGCCGAAGACAAGGGCCAGUACUCAGCACAGGUGGCGACCACUUCCACCAUUGUGGCGCGCUUGCUGAGUGCAGCAGCUGCCGCGGAUCGCAAGGAGGAGAAGGAUUCGGGCGACCACCAGGAGGGCGCCAAUUCUCCGCGGCUGGCGGCGCUGGACAACGGCGCGAACGCUGCAGCACCGCCCGCGAAGAAGGCCAGGAUCCGCAAGGAGACCGGGGCCUUCGCCACCCCCGCCGAGCUGCAGGCCCUCCGCGAGGCUCUGGCCACGGUGGUGAUGCACCUUCCGCUGCAGCGCAGCGACUCCUCCUCGGUGGCCAGCAGUGUGCUGAGGUGCCUUGAGCUGCUUUCGCGCCGGGAGACGUCGACAGGGGACAAGGCGCCAGAGCGCCGGCCCGGCGCUGUGGACCGGGCGAUCGGAGAGGACGGCGACAUGAUGCGGACGGACUCCAUGGAAUCGGCGAAUUCUGUGGCAAGGAGGGUCUUCCAUGAGUUUCGCUCUCUACGAACCCCGGGUGUGGAGGCACUGGCCGCCGAGGCUCUGCGGAGGGAAAGGAUGCGCCAGGGAGAGGAGGAGCAGGAUGCAGAGGUUGCAGGUGAGGAGGAAGAUGACGACGAUGACAUGGGUGAGGGUGGCGAAGGCAUGGACGAGGACGAAGAUGAGGACGAAGAAGGCGGCGAAAUGGACCAAAUGGAAGCAGAUGAGGACGGUGAGCACCAUGUGCGGGAUGAUGGCGAGGAGGAUGAGGAUGAAGAUGGAGAAUACGACGAGGUGGAGGAGGACUACGAUGGGGAGGCGAAUGCCGAUUUCUCGGAUGGGCAGGGCAUUGCGAGCGUCUUGCAGAACGCCAUCCAAGUGUUUGACCAGGAGAACCCACGCAUGGAAGGAGAGGGCCUGACUUUCAGGGUAGACAUCGACCUGGGCGAAGCUGGGGUGAUACAUGGGGUUCACAGAGGUGGCCACCAGUUCAGGCGCAUGCAGAUGCCGCCGCCACCAGGCUUGCGCCCGGGCUCCAGCUUUUCGGCCAACAGUUGGGAGCCCGGGGAGAUGGAGCAGCCGCACGAGCACCCCCUGCUGCGCCGGGAGGUGUUUCUGCCCGAGCCAGAAAGCUUCAGCCGAAUAUCCCCCGCGACCAUGAUCCGCCAGAUGGCGGGCAACAUGGAGCAAGUCAUGCGCGGGAGCGGUCCUGUGGCGAUGAUUAGCCCUCCUGCACAGGAGGACUUUGAUUCAGUCUUCUGCGAGAUGGCGCCCCGCCUCUCCAGCAGCCUCAGGGUCCGCCCCUCUCCGGCUCCGCCGCCGCCGCCAGGUGUGGGGCCAAGAGCAGAGGAAGGUGAGCCGGCGCCAGACGCAGUUCCGGUGACGCCGCCACCUGCAACUCAGCAAACAAUGCUUCCUCCUCCUGUCUCUCGCGCAGAUUUGCAGGAGAGCGAAGAGGCGGGCGCCGGCUCGCCGCUGCCGACUCCCGCCUUUGCGCCCGCCGUUGCGCCGGCGCCGGCGCCGGCGCCGGCAGCGCCAGCAGCGCCGGAGGCGCAGGUCAGCUUGGCGGAUUCGCUGGCCGCGGCCUUUGCUGGAGUCGGCGCCGCUGAGCCGCAGGCAGAGGCCGACCACAUGCCUUCUUCGGCGCCCGAGGACCAAGCUGCCAUGCUGGGCAUUGGGGAGCUCGAGCGGCUAGCUUCAAGGUUGGGCUGCAGCCAGUCCGCGAUUCUGCAAGCCGCUGGCAUCGAUGUCUCGGUGGUUGCUGCGCUGCCCGAGGACAUGCGGGCCUCUGUGGUCAUGGCCGAGGUAUCGCAAGUGAACCUGGACCACCUGCGAAGCGCGACGGCCACCCAUGACGCUCCAGAGGCGACCACUGAGAUAGAUGCCGUGGUACUGGAAGCGCUCCCGCCGGACAUUCGGGAAGAGGUGCUAAGAGAAGAGGCGGUGCGUCGGCGAGAGCAGCAAGCACAGGCCGCAAGGGCAGCUCCAAGCGCAACCCAGAGCAACGAAAUCGACAACGCCUCCUUCAUCGCGUCUUUGGACCCCCUGCUGCGCGAAGAGGUGCUGCUGAGUGCUCCAGAGGAGCUCCUGCGCACUCUGCCCGCGGAGCUGGUGGCGGAGGCGCAGCUCCUGCGGGACCGCGCCUUCACCCGCAUUGCCAUGCGCCGGGAUAUUCCGCCCGCCGGACGCAUCUCAAUGCCUGGGCAGACCAACCAGGAGCCAGCUCCCCAGAGCUCGCAGGCCCCGCGACAGCACGCCCACUUGCUCAUGAUCGAGCAGCAGCUCUUGCAUCACAACGGCAAUGUGCGGCGAUGGUCCGGGCCCAUCGGACUCCAGCGCCGGCCUCCAGGGGGCGGACUGAGCUCCUUCGACGAGUCGGACCAGCUGUUGCUGCGCCUGGCGGACUUCGACGACACCACCGCGGAGGUGCCACUCUCCCCGAGUGUCAUCCCGCAACUUUGUCGCCUCAUGUACCUGAGAGCGGAGGUCUCGACCAUACCGCUCACCCGGCUUUGCUUCAACCUGUCUCUUCAUCCAGUGACCAGGAAUGCCCUGCUGGGGCACUUCCUGAUUCUGCUGUGCAAGCAGAGUGAAGCAGAUGCGCCCUUAGACGCCCUGCCGCCACCGUGCCUCUUUGAGGCAGAGGCGCAAGCUCGCAGCCCCCUGGAAGUCCAAUCAGUUGGGUCCCAGCGGGUGCUGGCCAUCUUGGCCUACCUGCUCCGCCGCGUGCCGCAGUGCGGGGAGUUCUUUGCACAGAAGCUGGCCAGCGAGCCGUGGAUGAGCUCCUUCCAAGUGAAGCCCACCAGUGACGGCAAGAAGUCCAAGACCGACCAUCGGCUGCUGGGCAGCCUGGGCAUCUCCAUGUCCGAGCUGCCGGGAAAGUGCUCCAUCAACCUGCUGAUGCAGCUGGUGAAUACCCGGCUGUACCUCUCCUCCUCCAGGCACGCGGCCUGGCUUCUGUCCCUGCUGCACGCGCUGCUGGUGCAGCCGGACGGCGCCAAAGAGAUGAAGGAUUCUUCGAUGGACGACGAGAUCCCCGACGCCUUGGUGGUGAGCGCCCAAAACGCCACCGCUCCGGCGGCUGCCGGAGCGACGAAUCCGCCAGAGAGCUCCAAAAAACAUGAGAGUCCGGCGGCGGAGAGGUGGAGCAAGAUCACCCAGGAGAUGCACAAGGUGCAUGGCCUGUUGUCCAAAGAAAGCGUGUUGGCCCUGUGCCACUUCCUAUGCCAUGCGGGCAGUGGUCAUGGCUCCAGCAGUGAGGGAGAUGCCUUUCAGCUGACUGGAGACAUCUUGGUGGCAUUUGCCGUGUCCAGGACCCACUUGGCCACGGUGCGCACCGAGCUGCUGCGGGUCUUGGGCACGCUGGUGCAGGACAUUGAGCAGGGCUUGGCAGAGCUGGAGGCGGCGGGCGUGGAGGCCUCCACGGUGGAGAGCCGCUUCCUGCGGGUGGUGCGCACCUUGACGGAGGUCUUUCGUGAGGCGUCCAAAAGUGGAGAGACUUCCUCCUCUGCCGCCUCCAUGGAGGAGGCUCGGGUGGAGAUGCUGUGGGAUGCCCUGGACCGCACCUUGGAACGCCUGGACGAUCCGGAGCCGGCCCCGAAACCGGAGGCAGCAGCCCCGGAGGCGAACGGCUCGCCCUCCCCGCCGAAGCCACUGCUGAACCGGCUGCUGCCGUUGAUCGAAGCCUUCUUCGUGCUGCACGGGAAGGAGGAACGCGACGCCUCAGAUCCCACAGAGGCCAAACACCAGCACGUCUUUGAAGAGCAUCACGAGCAGUCGGCCGCGGAGAGGAGUCGCUUCGGGCAGUUCUGCAAGAAGCACCGGCGGUCGCUGAACGCCUUGCUGAAGCAGACGCCCUCGUUGCUCUCCAAGUCCUUCCUGCCGAUGCUUCAGCUCAUGCCCAGCUGCCUGGACUUCGACAACAAGCGCGCCCACUUCAGGGGGCAGCUUAGGUCUCGACGUUUGGAGAGCAGAUAUCAGACCAUCCGUCUCCGUGUGCGGCGGAAUGAGAUUUUUAUGGACUCUUACCAUCAACUCCGCAUUCGCACCGGAGAGGAGAUGCGAGCGAAGAUCCAGGUCCAGUUCCAGGGCGAAGAAGGCAUCGACGCCGGCGGUGUUGCCAAGGAGUGGUAUGGAGCUCUUGCAAAAGAGAUCUUCAAUCCAAAUUAUGCCCUCUUCGUUCAAGCCGGCGGGAAGGCUUGCACAUAUCAUCCGAAUCCCAUGUCCUACGUCAACAGGGAUCAUCUCCAAUUCUUUCACUUCAUCGGCCGAGUGGUGGGGAAGGCCAUCCACGAUGGCCAGAACCUGGAGGCGUGGUUCACCCGGGGCUUCUACAAGCACAUGCUCGGCAAGAAGGUCAUUCCGGCCGACUUGGAAGCUUUCGAUCCCGAGUACUUCUCCAACUUGAAGUGGAUGUUGGAUCACGACAUCAGCGGGAUCAUCGAGCUCACCUUCUCGGCCGAGAGCGAUGAGCUGGGGCAGAUGAAGGUAGUCGACUUGAAGCCCAACGGCCGGAACUUGCCGGUGACCAACGACAACAAACACGAGUACAUCCAACUUAUGUCAGAGCACAAGAUGACGAACUCCGUCAAGCAGCAAAUUGAGCACUUCCUGAGAGGCCUGCAUGAGAUCGUGCCUCCGCAAUUGCUCUCCUUGUUUGACGACAAAGAGCUGGAGUUGCUCAUCUCGGGCUUGCCGGACAUCGACAUUGAGGACCUCAAGCAAAAUACCGAGUACCACAAUUACACUCCGCAGUCAGAUCAAGUCCAGUGGUUCUGGAAAGUGCUGAGCGAGUUCACGCAGGAGCAGCGAGCCUGGUUCCUGCAGUUUGCCACCGGCACGUCCAGAGUCCCGGUUGAAGGCUUCAAGGGCCUGGUGGGCAUGAGGGGCCCGCAGAAAUUCUCGCUGCACCGUGCCUACGGCGCAGAUAGGCUGCCCUCAGCCCACACUUGCUUCAAUCAGGUGGACUUGCCGGAGUACCCCUCGGAGGAGGUGCUGCGUGAGAAGUUGUUGCAGGCUGUCAGUGAAGGCCACGAAGGCUUCGGCUUUGCAUAGCGAGGCUUUGCAAGGUGAAUCUUAGCCUGAGCGCUGCCGAGUUAAUGCUUGUGGGUGCUGGCAUUCAAUUCGGCUGUGCCUUGAAGUCUCACUGCCCUGCGCGCGAUGCCAGGAAUUCACAGCGUUGCUUGAGAGCACGCAUAGCAGUCAGCUUCGGAGUGAAAACUCCCCAUUAAUAGCUGUCAGCAAACGCUCGAGCGAUGCGUUCUGGACAGGUGAACGUACAGUAGAGCCAUGUGAGAGCUUCCGAGCGCGAUCA